UUAAAAAAAAUUAUUAUUUUGUGCAUAAAUUACAUAUGUGGUUUCCAGCAUGCACUAAAGAUAGAAUUAUAAUCAAUUAUACUUGUUUACUGGAAAGUCUUAUCUAAUGAAAGAUAAUGUCAUGUAUUUUCUUGUUUAUUGUCAUAUAAUGAAAGAUUUGAGAUCGUUUAGCGACGAGUAGGAAGAUCAACAUGACAAUUUAUGGUGAAAGUGCAUAAAAUCUACCAAGAAGUGAGUAAAUCUUCUAAAAAAAGUACCUUUAUUGACAAUUUAUGGUUUCCGGAGUCUUGCUCGUGUUAUCUUGGUGAUUUUGAGGUAGCGAUUCAACAGCUCAGUCUAGGUGCUAUAGUUGGUAGCAAAUUCAUCACUAGAAGGACCCUUGCUCUGAGAGUGUCGUCAACUCAUCCCCUUUGCUUCUUUUCGUAUAAAUUUAGGGUGGAUCCGCAAAUCGCAAACUCGACUGUCCAUACAGUGACACAAAAAGCCUCGACUCUGUCUCAUUUAGAGUUAGAUUUCUUUGAUUUUGUGGGCUGACACCACUAGUGUAUUGUUUUGGGAAGGUUCAUGAGUUGGGAGUGUAGUACUAUAUUCAAUAUUUCUCUUGUUAUCUCCUUGGAAAAAGGUUCCUUUCUCGACGAGAUACUCGAAUUAAAUAGAUAAUCUUUCUUUAUAUUUCAUAACUGUGGAUAAAUUGCACGAAUUCUUCUAGUACUCAAUUGAAGCUACAUAGAGGAUUAAAUAAAAAACAAAUGCACCUCCUUUCUUUUAUUUACUAAUUUAUUCUUAAGAAUGAUUGUUAAUAUGAGUGUAAAAAUCAGGCAAAGGAAAUAAAAUUCAUUCUAGUGAAAUUUUUUUAUAGAUUUUUUUUUAUAAUCGACCAAUACACAAGAUGCCAAAAACAUUACCAUUCCUACUCAUAAAAAUCUCAUAAUAAACGAGAUUUUAAGACAAACUAGUUCAUAAAAUUAACUAAGCAAGAAUUAUGAUCUUCUUCCAAUUUUCAUGUCUAAACUAUCAACAAAUAUCACAAAACAAAAGAAAAAAGAACAGAAAAGCAACUUUGCUUAAUUCUCCUAAUACUGGACCCCACGUAAGAACCCGCCACCCUAUCCCUCCCUCCCCCUUUCCGUCUUCUUUCUACCUCCAAUUUUCUUUUCCCUUCUUAAACUUUCCCGGAAAAAAAAAAUAAAGGAAGGAAAAUCGGAGGGAGGGGGAGAAACUAUGAAGGACGCCCACGAAAUUCCGGCUUUCACCACUUCCACUCCUCCUGCACUUUUCUCACCAACCCAACACUCCCAUUCGCCAAUGGCCUGAGAACCCACACAAGCAAGCACGAGCAACAAUAAGAAGAAGGUAGAAACGCAGAAUUAGUUGAACUGAUUGUUCCGCCUGACGUCAUUUUCCGGCGGGAGCGGGAGGGGAGGGUGGUAAUGGGUGCGUCGCUAUCGAACCUGACGGAAGGUGCGAACGGCGCGGCCAUAGGGCCAGGGCUAGGCGACAUACCGGAGAGCUGCGUGGCCUGCGUCUUCACCUACUUGACGCCGCCGGAGAUUUGCAACCUCGCGCGCCUCAACCACGCGUUCCGCGGCGCGGCGUCGUCGGACUCCGUUUGGGAGAAGAAGCUGCCGAGGAACUACCUGGAUCUGCUCGAUUUGCUGCCUCCCGACCGCCACAGGGACUUGUCGAAGAAGAAGGACAUCUACGCUCUCCUCUCCAGGCCCGUCUCCUUCGACGACGGCAACAAGGAGCUAUGGUUGGACAGAGUUACGGGGAGGGUUUGCGUGUCUAUAUCGGCGAAAGGCAUGGCGAUAACCGGGAUCGAGGAUCGGCGGUAUUGGAAUUGGGUUGCUACUGAAGAAUCCAGAUUCCACGUCGUGGCCUAUUUGCAGCAAAUAUGGUGGUUCGAAGUAGACGGGGUUCUAAAGUUCCCUUUCCCUCCUGAUAUCUAUACACUAACCUUCAGGCUCCACCUUGGAAGAUUCGCCAAACGGCUUGGAAGACGCGUAUCUCAUUUCGAUCAAACCCACGGCUGGGAAAUCAAACCAGUUCGGUUCGAGUUGUCCACAUCCGACGGCCAGCAGGCAUCGUCCGAGUGCUGUCUGGACGACACCGAUGAACUCGAUGAAGAGUACGGCAACCACAAGCGUGGCUACUGGAUCGAGUACAAGGUGGGGGAGUUCGUGGUAACCGACUCAGACCCCAUUACCGAGGUUCGGUUCUCUAUGAAACAGAUUGAUUGCACACAUUCCAAAGGUGGGCUAUGUGUAGAUUCUGUAUUUAUUAUACCCAAUGAUCUGAAGGAGCGUAAACGAAAAGGAGUAGUCAAGUAGGGCAAAAAGAAGCAGAAGCAAAAAAGGAUUUGAAUGCUGUUUUAGGUUUGUUGUGGUCUAUACAGCUAUACUGAAAAGUGAAGUCAGUUGAUGAGUUUAGAGGGAUGUCAUCAUAAUUUGUUCCUUGAGUGGGUAAUAUGCCUACUUCGACUACUACUAUCACCUCAUGUAAUGUAUUUUGCUGUGCUGUAUUAACCAAGUUUUGCUGCAUUUUUUUUGCACACCUCUGCAGAUAGAGUUUUCACAAGGAAAAUUGCUUUGAUCCCUCUCUCAUCCCUUUUUUCUGCCGGUGAAUUCAUUUCACGUAUUACUCUAGCGAUGCUCCUUUCUUGAGUUUCUUUCGAUAUUCUGAUCAGUCCGAGUCUGAUAGCUUUCCUUAUCUGAGUAUAGUUUGAAACCUUGGUUAAGUUAGGAUGCUUGUCCAAUUGGAGACUAAUUUUGGUCAAGUUCCUAGCCUUUCAUUUCUCCCAUUUUCUUUCUUUAUCUUGUGUCCCAAGUCUGAGAUGUAGGAUCGUCAAUCUUCCAUCUUUCCUUUUCCAUACUUUAGACCGAUUUAAUUGACUUCGAAUAAAAAAGAGGAAGAGGAGAACUUGAACCACACCAUUAUUCCCCUUCCAGUCUGGAAAUGAGUACUGCUGACAGCUACUGGAAGAUAUCAAUUUCAACACUAGCAUAAUAAUGUUCUGUAGUUAGGCUUGAUGUAGAUAGAUCCAUCUACACUUUCAAUAGUAGUGAAAUACUGUUUGAGUUGGGCUGAUUGAGUUCAGCUGGUUCAGAGUCAAAUUCUUUGUACAUAUACAAGUCGUUCUCAAGUAUUUGUAAUGGUUUAUAUACAGCAAUCAAUUAACUAAAAAGAUUACCGAUCUAUUGUUAGGACAUGGUAGUCCGGAGUUUUGCAUAAUCUGACUUCAGUGAUCAGCUUCCCACCACCAUCACAAGAGAGUAGUAACAUGUACUAUUAGUAGAAUGGAGUUUUGAAAGCAAGAGGCUACAUGAAACACACAUCAUAUCAUUGUCCAUGUAUAUAGAGGCUGGUCCAUGUUUGGCCGCGCCGCCUGCCUAGCUAGCUAGCUAGCUAGCUACACUUCCUUUGGCGUUAGAGAGGCCGAGCCCAAGCGGAUAAAGACUGGUCCUUGCAUGUCUGUAUUUGCUCCUUUCUUGGCUGCUGCUCUGUUUUCACCUCUGCUGUUUGAGCUGGAAGGAAGGAUGGCGUGUGCAAAGGCACUAUGGCUCCACCGAAAUUUAAGUCUGUUGAUCAGUAAAAUCAGUAGAUUCCUUGGACCACCAGAACUAGCAGUGGUAGAAGAAGCGAGCAGCAGAAGCAGAUGAGGUUUUUAUGAAGCAAGGAAGGAGAAAGGACAGCUGCUCUGUUUUGUUUGAUAAUAGUAUAGGCAGAGACAGGCGCCCCCACUCUGAUCUAAGCUAAUGGGCCAUUCAAUUCAUUAUAAGCUCUGCGAGAGAGAGACCUUAGCACAAUAAUGCAGACUUUCAGACAACAAGUUCCUUUUACGAUCGGGAUGUCUUCUUCACUGCCCAUGGCUACCUAUCAAUCAAAUCCAACAAUGAUGGUGGUGGUGUUGGUGAAGAUGUUCGAAAGAAAGCUUUCAUGUCCAUAUAAUAAAAAUGGGUGUUACUGUUCCAUUCAUCUUUCAACCGCUCGAAUUAUCUGGUGCCUCUUCCAACAAGUCAAAAAGAAUCUGUAAACGAACGAUAUAAGAAUCUACCGUUGAACUUUUACCAACAACUUGGUUUUUGCUUUGGAAAAAGAAAACAGGAUUUCAAAA